UCUAUUUUUCCGCCGAGCUGUUACAUCUCCGGCCGCCGGGAGGACGCCACCGCCGUUUCCCCUGUAUCCGCCAUCUCCACCGCCUCUUCUCUGCCGGAAAAAGUACGCGCGACCAGAAGACUCGGAAAUUUCCACAAUGACUGAAGAGGAUAUCUAUACGCAAGAUGGAACGGUUGACAUACGCAAAAGGCCUGCUAAUAAGAAAGAAACCGGAAACUGGAAGGCUUGCAGAUUCAUUCUCGGAAAUGAGUGUUGCGAGAGGUUGGCUUACUAUGGAAUGGGUACUAAUCUCGUGAACUAUCUCGAGAAGAACCUCAAUCAGGGCAAUGUUGCCGCCGCAAACAGUGUCACGAACUGGUCUGGAACGUGUUACGCCACCCCUUUGCUUGGAGCCUUUCUUGCGGAUGCAUAUUUGGGUAGAUACUGGACAAUUGCCUCCUUUGUCAUAAUCUAUGUCUUUGGAAUGACGCUCUUGACUCUAUCAGCUUCUGUUCCGGGGCUCAAACCUUCAUGUCAAGGAGAUGUGUGCAACCCGACUACAGGACAGACUGUUGUCUUCUUCAUAGCCCUUUAUAUGAUUGCCCUUGGAACUGGUGGCAUCAAACCAUGUGUUUCCUCAUUUGGGGCAGAUCAAUUUGAUGAAUCAGAUGAUGCCGAAAAGAAGAGGAAAAGCUCAUUUUUCAACUGGUUUUAUUUCUCGAUCAAUGUUGGCGCUAUGAUUGCGUCAUCUGUUCUCGUUUGGAUUCAGAUGAACGUCGGUUGGGGCUGGGGUUUUGGAGUCCCAACCGUCGCAAUGGUUAUCGCGGUCAUGUUUUUCUUCGCGGGUAGUAAGUAUUACAGACUUCAAAAGCCUGGAGGUAGUCCAAUCACAAGAAUUCUCCAAGUCAUAGUUGCGGCAUUCAAAAAAUCAAAGGUGAAAGUCCCCGAUGAUAAGUCUCUUCUUUAUGAGGUUGAAGACGCAGAGAGCACUAUCAAAGGAAGUCGCAAGCUUGAGCAUACCGACAAACUCACGUUUUUCGACAAGGCGGCAGUGUAUAGUGAGAGUGAUAAUCCAAAGACUAGUAGUCCACCGAACCCUUGGAGGCUAUGCACAGUGACACAAGUCGAGGAGCUCAAAGCAUUGAUCCGUCUCUUACCUGUGUGGGCCUCAGGAAUCGUCUUUGCAACAGUAUAUAGCCAAAUGAGUACAAUGUUCGUCCUCCAAGGUAACACCAUGGACCAACACAUGGGACCUCAUUUCACCAUCCCCUCCGCCUCACUCUCCCUAUUCGACACCCUCAGCGUCCUUUUUUGGGCGCCUAUUUAUGACCAAUUCAUCGUCCCAUUUGCACGUAAAUUCACGGGGCAUGAACGCGGAUUUACCCAACUCCAACGUAUGGGCAUCGGCCUCGUCAUAUCCGUCUUCUCCAUGAUCACGGCAGGCAUCCUUGAAGUCGUACGCCUAAACUAUGUGAGAACACAUAAUUUAUACGAUCAAGAAACCGUACCAAUGACUAUAUUCUGGCAAGUGCCUCAAUAUUUUCUGGUGGGUUGUGCGGAAGUGUUCACGUUCAUAGGACAGCUCGAGUUCUUCUAUGACCAGGCUCCCGAUGCCAUGAGGAGUCUAUGUUCCGCCUUGUCCUUGACGACAGUUGCUCUCGGAAAUUAUUUGAGCACGCUACUAGUUACGGUGGUGACGUCAGUGACAACGUCAGGAGGGAGGCUGGGUUGGAUCCCUGAUAACUUGAACAGAGGUCAUCUUGAUUACUUCUACUGGUUGUUAGCCAUCCUGAGUUUACUCAACUUUUUGGUCUACCUCUUGAUAUCCAAAUGGUAUACUUACAAGAAAGCGGCAGGGAAUACCCUCUGAUAUUACCGAAAGUUGCGACAUUUGUUUCUCGUAUUAUUCAAUGUCUCUAAUAUUUCUUUUUUCUGUUUUAAUUAGUUUGAAUUAUCGUGAUGUUAUUAGCGACUUUAAAUAAAAUAAAUAUAUAUAGUUUGUG